GCUCGCGUCACCGCCCAUCAGCCUUGGGUCGCAGCUGAAGGCUGUGGCGGAGGGGGGGGCGUGACAGCGGCUGGAGGAGGCGACGGGGAGGUCGAGGAGGUUGCGGUGACUGCUUAGAAAACCACAUAGCCUACCUGCAUCUGGAUGAAAUCAGUCAGUCAGCAAAGUAGCCAUGUCUUACAUGCCUGGGAUUGGUGGGGACCCUGCCCAGCUGGCUCAGCGCAUCUCCUCUAACAUCCAGAAGAUCACACAAUGCUCUGUGGAAAUACAAAGGACUCUGAAUCAACUGGGUACACCUCAAGAUUCCCCAGAAUUAAGACAACAGCUGCAACAGAAGCAGCAAUAUACUAACCAGCUUGCCAAAGAAACAGAUAAGUACAUCAAAGAGUUUGGAUCUCUGCCUACCACCCCCAGUGAACAGCGUCAGAGAAAGAUACAGAAGGACCGGCUAGUGGCUGAAUUCACAACAUCACUGACAAACUUUCAGAAGGUCCAGAGGCAAGCUGCUGAGAGAGAGAAAGAAUUUGUUGCUCGAGUAAGAGCCAGUUCCAGAGUAUCUGGUGGUUUUCCUGAAGAUAGCGCAAAAGAAAAGAACCUCGUAUCCUGGGAAAGCCAAACACAACCUCAAGUACAGGUAGAAGAUGAAGAAAUUACAGAGGAUGACCUCCGCCUUAUUCAUGAGAGAGAGUCUUCAAUCAGGCAACUUGAAGCUGAUAUUAUGGACAUUAAUGAAAUAUUUAAAGACUUGGGGAUGAUGAUUCAUGAACAAGGAGAUGUGAUUGACAGCAUAGAAGCCAAUGUAGAAAGUGCAGAAGUUCAUGUUCAACAGGCAAACCAGCAGCUGUCCAGAGCAGCAGAUUAUCAGCGCAAAUCCAGAAAAACCCUCUGCAUCAUCAUUUUCAUCCUCGUCAUUGGAAUUGUGAUUAUCUGUCUCAUCAUAUGGGGAUUGAAAGGCUGAGCCAUGGAGAACAGACCAUUGCACAACAUUGUGUAAAUUAUGUAGCAGAUUCCCAUAAUCGUGUUUUUAUUGUUAUUUUAAGGCUUAUUGCUUAAAGGAUGGCUUCCAUAUGUUGUUGUUUUUAUUCGGGGGAGGGUGGUGCUUUUGGAUCCCAUCUGAUAUUUUCUAAUUCUGAAGGUUUUUCUAAAUAUCAUUAAGGUGUAACUUCCAUGCUUUGCAGUUCAAUGACUGCUGGGUUUUGCUCACAGUGUAAAUGCCUUUCAUUUGUAAUUUAUUUGUAUUGUUUGACUUGUUUUUUAAAUUACUUGACUUAAAGAUAUGCGUGCUCUGCCUAUAUCUGUGUCACGGGGUAACAUGAACCUAUAUUUGUGCUAUCUUAUUUUUUAAAACCCUCAAAUUUAAUUUUUAUUUGACCAGCAAAUAUUCUCAAUGGCAAAAACUUAAGAUACCUGUUUGUGGGACAUUUUUAUCCCCUGUGUUUCACAGCCGUGCAGCAUGUCACUUUUAUUUUUGGAUUUUCUUUUUUGAGAUUUGUCUUCUCUGAAUAAAAUGAAUGGUUUCCUAGUAUGGAUCAUGCACCUGAUAUGUAUAAAAAUUUGCUGUAGAUGUGCCCAGUAAGAGUAAUAAGGAUAAAUUGUUUUUAAGUAGGGUCUAUAUAAAUCUGAUGUGUGCUAGGAAAAGUGUAGUUACUAUCAUAUUUCAUGUAAUUUGGAGGAAGAGUAUAAAAACUCCAUCCUAAUAUCUAUUCAGUUUGAAUGCUAAAGAUUCCAGUUUCUCACCCCAACAAACAUUCUCAGUAAUAUUUUCUAGUUUUGUGGGCCAUUAUUUACUUUUUCUUAUAUUCUAUAGAAUAAUGCUUAGAUGUGUUUCUUCGGGUCUAACUUAAUUUUAGGAAGUAACUUUCCUACAGUUACAGAUUUGGGGCUCAACACUUAGAAUGUAGUGUUUUUGCCAAGUGUCAUUUUGAACCAUCCUUCAUUAGAAAAGGAAUUGGAUGUUUGCCAGUGAAUUCACUUGCCUUUUAAAAUCAGUUUUAAUAAUCUGAAUACUGUGAAGAGGAUUCUUUAAGUUUAUAAUUUGUAUUUUCUAAUGUUCUUAUGUAGCAGUUUGAUAGUGAAGGCAAUGUUUAAUGUGUCAAGCUCUGAGACUUUAAAUGGGAACAAGUAAAAUAUUAACUAAGUAAACUGUAUCCUUGCCAUCAGAAUAAAGGUGAUUUAGAAGGUA